AUGUCGGACGAGCGCGCGCGCGCACCCGCGUCCAACCCUAGCCGCCACCACCACCACCACCCGCACCAGCACCGCACCCCCAACCACCGCCAGACCCCCAUCCCGCCUCCGCAACACUCGUUCCCCUACCCGAACCCGCACACCUACCCGCACCCCUACCCCGCCGCGGCCGCCUCGUCAUCGUCCACGCCAUCAUCUCGUGGCGUCCCUUCGUCCUCCAGUGCGUCACCUCCGUCGCAUCAUGACCGGAACCAGCAUCCCCUCGCAGGCAUGCGACACCACGACGAGCAGCAGCCAUUCGACCGCCGCGUCGUGGGCCUCACGACGCUCCACACGUGCGUGCAGUCCACGACGCGGUGGUUCCAGCUCGUCAUGUUCGCAGCUUUUGUCACGGCGCUCGUCUUAGCCAUGGGCAGCACGUACGACAACCUCAGCCCCGGCCUCAUCUGGGGCGGCGUGCUCUCGAUCUUCUCGGUCUUUUUCGUCAUCCUCUCGUACGCGAGCGUGCCGAGCUACCGGCAACACCCGAACCCGCUCGUGUUCUGGCGCACGAUCGCUGACGCCGUGUUCGUGCUGCAGCUCCUGGCGCAGCAGUUUGUCCGCUGCCUCUUCUUCGACUGCGUGCCGCUCUGCAGCAGCACCAACUUGCAGUGCGGCUGCAGCACGGCCAGCACCGCGAGCUCGACGUGCGACCUCUUUGCCGGGCUCUUUGAGUUUACGCUCUUGGCGUCCGAGUGCUGGUUCUUUUGCAUGACGUUGAACCUGCUCUUGAGUCUCACGAACCCGUUUACGGACUUUAAGCGCAAUACGCGCAUGUUCCACCUUGGCUCGUGGCUUGUGCCGCUCGUGCUUGGGCUCUUGCUCAUGAAGACGGACGACUGGUCAGGCUACUCGGAUCUCGGCGUGUGCUGGACGAACGCACUGAAGAACUUGGAGGCGGACGACUUGACCAACUGUACCGCGGGGUACAUUGUCACGGACAACUUUUCCGAGAGCUACACGGCGGUGAACGCCAACAUCAUUAGCUGGCUCUUUUUCUACAUUUGGAUGGGGCUCUUCAUUAUCUCGGGCAUCGCGGUCUGGAUCUGGGCGUGGAAGCGACUGAGUGAAGGCAUGCCCGAGACGUAUGCAGUCCGUGUCCAGAGCAUCAAUCGCGCGAGGUUCAAUGUCUUUGCCGUGACCUUUUACUGGAUUAUUGUCGUCAUUGUGUACAUCAAGUUCUUGUCGAGAGACCGCUCGCAGCCGGACAGGUCGAGCGAGCUCUUGAAUUUCCUGAUCGCUGGGAAAGGGUACCUCGAUCUCGUGAUCUGGUUCGCUUUGAACGAUUUCCACGUCGCACACUUUACGCACUGUCUUGGAGAAAACACUGGCGAGAUUGACGUGGAUCUGAACCCGCAGGUGAACGCGGCGUUGCGACGGGAAGUGCUCUUUUACACCACGUCGGGGAUAAUCCAGGCUGUUCAGGCAGCUGAACGUCUGCCGGCGUCACAGCGCAUCCAGCAUUUGGCGUUGUUACCGCAGACAAAAGCUACCAACGUUGCCGCUGCGGCGGCAUUUACUGCAGUUGCUGUUAGUGAGAGCGGGAACGCGGCCCAUCCGUCAGCCGCUUAUGCAGCUUAUCGUCAGCAAAUGUCAACUGGUGCUGAACGAGAUGGAACAAAUGGUAUCGCUGCUGCUUUUGACGAGACUAUGCGUGUGGCCAAGAACUCGCCUCGUACCAAGACGUUUCACGAUUACGAACCGCAUGCGUUCAAGAAGAUCCGUGAACGGUUUGGCGUCAACAACGACGCUUACUUGCAAGCACUGUCGGCCACGGCAAAAGAGCGAUUGAGUGAAGGUGCUAGUGGUGCUUUCAUGUUUUACUCGGCCGAUGGGACGCUUAUUGUGAAGAGUACGAGCAAGGAGGAAUGUUCGUUUCUCCGCAGCAUUGCACAGGAUUACGCCGAGUACUUGUGCGCCAACCCUCGUUCCCUGCUAUUGCGCUUCUACGGUUGCCAUUGCCUCGAGUUGUACAGCAAACAGUUCUCGUUUGUCGUGAUGGCGAAUCUUUUCGACACUGACCAGGUGAUCCACUCGCGUUACGACAUCAAGGGUUCAUGGGUGAACCGUCACGGUGAUCUUCCGAAGCGUGGCAAAAAGGUGACCUGCCGCCACUGCAAUCGCAAGUACUUGUACCAAAACUCAGCCCCUGAGAAUGCCAACUGCACGGUCCGGCUAGGUGGACACGAGCCUAACGUUGUGCUGAAAGACUCGGAUUUGACACAGAAACUAAACCUCGAUCGUGACGUAGCGCUGGAACUGUAUCAACAACUCUGUGCAGACUCGCAGCUCCUGUGCUCCUUCGGUAUUAUGGACUAUUCGCUGUUGAUGGGUAUUAACGAAGUUGAGUACGUGGUGGACGAGGCUGACAACUCGGGUGAGGAAAGCGACGUUGCGAAUACGACGCUUCAAUCCAGUAUGCUUGGCAUGAGACCUGGAAGCAACAUGCAGCGAUCUUCUGUGUACAACCCAUUUGCUGAGAAGUCAUUGAUGGACUCACGCAGUGGCGGUGUUCAGAAUUUGGGAAGAUCGAAAGGACCGUCUGCCGUGAGGUCUUCGUUAUCGAAGAGCCGACGUCACGCCAGUGUGUCAUCAAAUGUGGGGUCUUAUCCCAGCCGCUCCAUGCUUCACGAGCCUGCGAUGCCGCGCAAGGCAUCAAAGCCGCGUGAAUAUUCGAAGAAUCGAAGCCGCAAUGGGCGUACUGAGAGUAGUACGUCUUCAUCUGGUCGACGACUUCCCCGAUCAGGCAUGCGCAUGGCAAACACGGUUGUAGGGCCAGCUUACUACCACUUGGGUGUGAUUGACAUCCUGCAGACCUGGACUUACCAGAAGCGUGUAGAGCGUCUCUUUAAGAUCGCUUUUCGGGGUGUCGAUGGAGAUGGACUGUCUGCGAUUCCGCCGAAGUUGUAUCAGGCACGUUUCCAGCUCAAGAUGGCUGAUAUUCUUGGUGUAGAAGAUCUCGUGAGUGGCGACGGCAUCAACCCGGACCUGUUUACGCAGCAAAACUCACACAUGGACGUUGACACGCAGCAGGUGGACCAGCAGCAGCACAACAUCCAGUCCAUUCGGUCACUCACGUCCUCGGAGCUCGUGGCUAUUAACCCUCUGGACUCGCACUACGCGGGCAGUCGUUCAUCUUCGAUUCUACGUCAACGUAGUACGGAAAACUCACAGUCCGUUGGCCAAGACACAGAGGAGUACACGGGCAUCGAUUACCACUUGUAG